CCCCCCCCCGGGCUGCCGUAUCCGGGCCUGGGACAUCCCCGGUCUGAGGGGCGCCGUCACCUUGGGUCCGAGUCCAGGGAGGGUGAAGCUGAGCCGGGCGGCAGGGACUGGCGCUGCCGCUGCUCUCCCUCCCUCCCUCCGCUGAUGGUUUUCCUCACUCUCUCGCGUUGGAUCCGGAGCCGCGGGCCCGAUCGCUACUGGCGGGUCCAGGAAGUCCUGCAGCAGGCGCGGCAUUUCCGUGGGCGAAAGAACCGAUGCUACAGUCUGGCAUUGCGGGCCGUGCGGAGAGCCUUCCUCUACUCCACCAAAGCCAGGAAGCUGAAGAAGCGGAACAUGAGGAUGCUUUGGAUAAGCAGGAUAGCAGCAGCCUCCCGGGAGCAUGGGCUGAAGUAUCCAAUACUGAUUUGUAAUUUGAUUAAGAGUCAAGUGGAACUAAAUAGGAAGGUUCUUGCAGAUUUGGCCAUAUAUGAACCAAAGACGUUCAAAUCCCUGGCAGCACUAGCGAAGCAAAGGAGGGAAGAAGGCUUCCUUGAUGCGUUGGGCGAUGGCAGAGAACCCACUGGAGUAUUUUCACGUAUUGUGCACCGUGACUAAAGGAAUGAACGUGAAUAAUUACUGUAAAUAAUUUUCAUCUGUCUUGUAACUGACUUUGCUGGCAAUUUAACAAAACAUUUACAACAGACUUUCUUCAAAUCAGUCCAAAAAUGUUUGGCAGUGCUGUGUGGAUUUUGACAAAAAAAAUUAUUACUGUGCAUACUUGAAUCAAAACAAUCGUGUGAAAUUCUUCAAUAUGGUUUUGGUAGUAACUUGGUGAAUGUGAUAGGCUGGGGAGAAAAAUCACUAGCUGAAAAACCUGUACUUGGUGUCUCCCUCAGCUUUGACCAUCCAAUGUUCUUGUAUUGAAGAAUACUUAAAUAUAUUUGAUUACAUUUAAAAGAGAAGAUAAUUGGGCCAACUCUUACUAAAAUAGCACCAAUGGGACUUGUACAAUGGGGCAUUUUGCCAGAAACUACAUUAUUGAUUAAAGGAGAGGUCAGUUUUUAAUCACUGAGAUCCUUGCCUAAGUCCUACUCUUUGCUUUGUUCCAGUAUUGUUUCCAGUUUACUGGGCCAAACUGUAACUCAUUUCUGUCCCAAUAAAUCUUUUGCUGCUA